AUCAGAGCUCAAACUAGUAUCACUUCUCAGAAAGUGAAACUCAGACAGUCAUUGUUACUGAGAGGUGAAAUGGCGCAGCAAGGAGCUCAGCUGGACGGAGCUAAAUUCUGCUGUUCCAUCUGUUUGGAUCUACUGAAGGAUCCAGUGACUAUUCCCUGUGGACACAGCUACUGCAUGAGCUGUAUUAACAACUUCUGGGAUGAAGAGGAUAAGAAGGAAAUCUACAGCUGUCCUCAGUGCAGACAGUCCUUCACACCGAGGCCUGUCCUGGUAAAAAACACCAUGUUAGCAGAUUUAGUGGAGGAGCUGAAGAAGACUGGACUCCAAUCUGCUCCUGCUGAUCUCUGCUAUGCUGGACCUGAAGAUGUGGCCUGUGAUGUCUGCACUGGGAGGAAGCUGAAAGCCUUCAAGUCCUGUCUGGUCUGUCUGGCAUCUUACUGUGAGAAACACCUGCAGCGUCACUAUAAUGUAGCUCCACUGAAGAAACACAAGCUGGUCGAUCCCUCCAAGAAGCUCCAGGAGAACAUCUGCUCUCAUCAUGAUGAGGUGAUGAAGAUAUUCUGCCGUACAGAUAAGAAGUGUAUCUGUUAUCUGUGCACUAUGGAUGAACAUAAAGGCCACGACACAGUCCCAGUUAAAGCAGAAAGGACUGAGAGGCAGAGAGAGCUCGAGGUGAGUCGACUAAACAUCCAGCAGAGAAUCCAGGACAGAGAGAAAGAUGUGAAGCUGCUUCAACAGGAGGUGGAGGCCGUCAGUCGUUCUGCUGAUAAAGCAGUGGAGGACAGUGAGAAGAUCUUCACUGAGCUGAUCCGUCUCCUCCAGAAAAGAAGCUCUGAUGUGAAGCAGCAGAUCAGAUCCCAGCAGGAAACUGAAGUGAGUGGAGUCAAAGAGCUUCAGGAGAAGCUGCAGCAGGAGAUCACUGAGCUGAAGAGGAAAGACGCUGAACUGAAGCAGCUCUCACACACAGAGGAUCACAACCAGUUUCUACACAACUACCCCUCAGUGUCACAACUCAGUGAACCUACAGACUCAUCCAGCAUCAAUAUCCGUCCUCUCAGAUACUUUGAGGAUGUGACAGCAGCUGUGUCAGAGCUCAGAGAUAAACUACAGGACAUCCUGAAGGAGGAAUGGACAAACAUCUCACUGACAGUGACUGAAGUGGACGUUUUACUGCCAGGACCAGAGCCCAAGACCAGAGCUGAGUUCUUAAGAUAUUCACAUGAAAUCACUCUGGAUCCAAACACAACAAACACAUGGCUGUUAUUAUCUGAUGGGAACAGAAAAGCAACAUACACGAGUAAAAAACAGCCUUAUUCUAGUCAUCCAGACAGAUUCAGUAAUUAUUGUCAGGUCCUGAGUAGAGAGAGUCUGACUGGACGUUGUUACUGGGAGGUGGAGUGGAGCGGAGGAGGAGUCCGUGUAGCAGUCGCAUACAAGAAUAUCAGCAGAGCAGGAGGCUCAAAUGAAUGUGGAUUUGGAUACAAUGACAAAUCUUGGGCUUUACAGUAUUACAAUAACAGUUAUGAAUUCUGGUUCAACAACAUUGAAACUCCCGUCUCAGGUCCUGUUUCCUCCAGAGUAGGAGUGUACCUGGAUCACAGAGCAGGUAUUCUGUCCUUCUACAGCGUCUCUGAAACCAUGACUCUCCUCCACAGAGUCCAGACCACAUUCACUCAGCCUCUCUAUGCUGGAGUUCAGUUUUAUUCUAAUAAUUCUGGAGACACCGUUGAGUUGUGUAAAGUGAAAUAG